UCAUGCAGAGCAACCAGAUCGGUAAGCUACAACGCCAACUAGUGACGUGUCACGACUCGGCACUUCAACUCGCGCAGACACUCGACAAGACACAGCACGACCUCGGCAUGACGAAGCAUGGCCUCGCGAUUCAGAGCGCCGUCACACGGUCGAUGAAGGACGAGAAGGCGGCUCUUGCGAAGGCGCUGCAGGUUGCGACUGUGUCGAACGAUGAGCAAAAGGCGACGAUUACCAUAGCCCUCGAGACCGUCAAAGCCAUCGAGCUGGUACGAGCGCAGCUGCAAGACGACGUGCAAUGCAUGCGGCGCGAGAACGCGCAGCUACGAAUCUUGCAGCAGCCCUGCAAGAAGGUCAAGAAGGCUGUCCUAGCCCCGGGCGACGAAAAGUUUGAAGCCGCUCUCGUCACGGCGCGCCUCUUCCUCCAGCAAGGCGACGAUGCCAAGGACGCCACCAGGCUUGAGUGGGUAGCCUUCAUGCUGGCUCACAUGGCCGUCAACCCGCACGCGGUUCCGGCCGGUCGGAAGCGCCGCUGGCUCACGACACUCAUGUUCGACGACGCUUUGGCAAGCCUGGCCAUUGAUGGCUGCAACAUGUACGAGAACAUAUACGUUCCAGAGGUCAACAUGUACUUUCCUCAACUGCCCAACACGCGCAACAUCGAUCCAGACCACGUCCUGAAGCGGUUCGUCACGCACAUCAGCAACGGGUUCGCGCAUAUGUUCGACCCCAAGGCAUGGCGCGAGAUUGACGACUACGAAAAAAGCGUUCUGAGCCCGACCUGGUUCACGGACCAGCGCGACAAGCAGAACGUACCACGCGCACGUCAAUUCUUCUCGGUCGCUGCCGAGCGUUGCUUGCGCGCUCUCGGGAGACACGAAGAAGCGCGCCUUUGCGCGAUCUGGCGGAACUUCUUCUCCGUCUUUGACAAGACGGGCAUCUCGGACGCGACGCGGUUGACGUACAUCGACGAAUUCUACAAGUGGCUCGACCAUAUCGCAAAAUCCACAAUUGGGCCCCAAAGUCGCGAAGGCAGGUCCUGA